AUGAAAGUGAACGGUAGUUGUUUGUGUGAAGUCAUCCGGUUCUCCGCCACACUCAAGCAAAAACACGUCGACGUUUGUCAUUGCGAUAUGUGUCGCAAGUGGCACGGUGGAAUGGGUUUCAGUGUCCCCUUGACGGAGCCGCCCACGCUUCUAUCGGGUAAGGAGGACGGUCAAUUGAGUCUGUACCAGUCUUCGGAAUGGGGACAACGCUUGUUUUGUAAAACCUGCGGUUCGUGUCUCUUUUAUCAGGCCCCCGACUACGGAUACUACGGUGUGGUUCCGGGAGUUUUGGACGAAGAAGAUCAACUCGAAGAGAUGAAAUUGGAAAUCUUUACGGAUCAGAAACCGUCCUAUUACUACGACUUUGCGGGGGAUACGAAAAAGAUGACCAGGGCCGAGUUUCUCGCCUCCUUGGAGUCCAAGGACUGUGGUGGCGAACAAACUGAAUAAGCAGUGGAGACUCACAGUUAUUCAGUCAGGCAGUCGGUGGUUAUCUUCCGCGAGUGCGUAGCUGACGCUGUUUCUGAACAGACCGUGUGCAGAAAGGCGAACCGGUACGCAUUCCACUUUGAAACGCAACGAAACACAUGGAUAUUGUAUGGGGCAGGGUCGCCCACGAAAUGCGGGUGCAUUCUUGAAUAAAGACUAACGAUCAAAAGAUAUAGUAGCAGACGUUACCCAGGAGUAGGAAACAGAAUGGGCUGUUCCUGUUGUCAUCUUCGAGACAGUAACAAAAGUUGGAGCAUAGGAAACGUGUCCCAAUGUUGGGUCUACUUUGGGAUAGUCGCACAGACAAAGUGGUCGGUCGGAGUCGGAGUCUGAUUGCGUGCGCAAUAGGGACACACACCAUUGGAAACAACGGCCCCUUUGCUCCCCCGUGUUUGUGGAAGCACAAAGGUCGACUGUCGUUCUCAAAGGUCAUCGUCGUCAUCCUCGCUGCUACUGGCUUGUAAAAGAGCUUCUUGCAAGCGCUGCAGCGCAACGGCUUCGGUUCCACGGUGGGCCUCGUUGGUGGUUCCGGACGAAUUGAGGGGUUGCACAGUGGCUGGCGGUGCCGUAGUGCCAGCCGCUUCCCUAGCCCGACUCAGGCAGGCUUCUUCCUCGCGUAGUUGUUCCAAGACUUCCGUCAACAUCCUUUCCUUGGCUUGCAAGGCAUCGUAUUCGUCAUCCAGGACUCUCCGACGGUCCUCUAGCGCGUUUCGACACUCCUCGCGGGGCACGGGAGGGGAAGGUUGGUCGGGAGAAGGCAUUCGGGUCGGUUUUGGUCGGUCGGUCGGUCGGUCUCAGUCGAACUCUCCACCAACCAGCAAGCGUUGAAUGGAUUUUACUUGAAUGGACACAUAACAGUAAAACAGGA